CGAGAACUGCAAACAACCGAGAGAAAGCGGACAACCGACUAGCAGGAAGGCGUCGCCAUGUGUGAAGAAGUACGAGAUUGUCAUGCACGACAAGGACGCCUGGGGCUGUGGUUUCUGCGCCUGUCUGUUGACGACCUGGGAAGAGCGAUGCGAGCACAUUGCCAUGCACUUUGAGGAGAAGAAAUCGAAGUGGAAUUUCACCAACGUUAUUCUAGGACUCCUCAAGCAGCCCGAGGUCGCUGAAUCGUGGACCCGCUUAAUGACCCAACGGCACGGCGACGUGCAAGACUACCCUCGUUUCACCUGGGAAUCAAAGAAGUGCAACCGUCUACGGUACAAGCUUGAGACCAAAUGGGAUACUAGGGUCUUCGAUGUCGACAAGGUUGUGCAAGAGACGUACGAUUUGGCCGAGGUCGAGCCAGCAGACAUGGCCGAAUCUGCAGCUGAGACAACGCCCGAAGUGCAAGAAGCUCCCGAGUCUUCAGAGCCCAGCGAGACAGUUAGCUGUAAACUGGAAAUGGAGUUCGGAAAUGACCAACGACUUCACUCGUCGCAUGGCAUUACAUCUGACAAUAUGAUGGAUCUCGAUCCCGUGGACACUCCACAUGCGAUGCACCACGACCUACAACAGGCUCAAUGGCCUGUCACUUCUGAUAUGACGCAGAACACGAUGGCUGCUGAUCCUGCUAUGGGCGCUUUCGGAGGCUUCAACCCCAGCCACAUGGCGCACAUGUCCACGGAUUUCUCUCAGCCUGUCAACCAAGGUUUCCAACCUCAUUGGUCAAAUGCUGGGUUUGUAUCAACGCCCGACCUGGUCGCCUUCCAACAACAGAACUCGUAUAUGAAUUACAACGCCCCGAAGGAGGUUGUGCAAGUACCAACGUCUCAAUAUGCCAACUUUGGGCAAUACCCUCGACAGAGCGUGCCCCCGAACUUCAUGCAUCACACCAGUACUCCAUCGGCCUCUCGUCGUUACAUCCCGAAGCUGAUCAACAUCGCGAGUCGUCCGUCGAGUUCACACAUGUCUGACCAACCUCCACCGCCACCGCCAAAGGAUGAGCACACCAAUCGCUUUUCGAGGAUGAUCAUGCGACGUCGACCCAGCAACAUCUCGCAACAUACAAUUGUCUCCUCGCAACGCGAAAUCGGAUGGAACGAUGAGUUGAACUGGGGGUAACCCAACUCUAACCUUGUGUCGGAUGAGCUCACUACUCGCCGCCGGCUGGUCCGGCGUCCACACACUACCCUCCUUUACAAACACAAAACAAUUACUCACUGAGAAAGUGAUUCCGAACCUCGCCUUUCACGAAACCAGGUCGACGAACGACUGUAACGAUCGUCUAAACCGGCGCGUCCGACGAGCACAGUGUCACCUCUACGGGUCUCUAGCUAUUUCCUUUUUGAUACACCUCCAACGUCCAUGUCUGUCUAUUUGUUUUAGCAAAAGGUGGAUUGUAGGGUAUACCCAUAAUGUAUUCUGAUUAUGUUUGCUACGUCAGAUUCCCCAGCUUCGGCUACGCUCAAAAGGCCUACUAUUGUGGUGCUUUUGAUUAUAAUAAUACCCCAGUUGUCUGUCUUGCAAGCGUUUCUUGUUUGAGUAAUGUUGUCAAGAUGGCUGUAAUGAGGGAGU